CGAGGCGGGGAUGAGCGAGCGCGGCUCCGCUUCAGCACAGCGCAAGUCGAGGCACGUGCGGCACCCGCUGCCCGGGGCUAGAGUGAGUGAGUGGGUGAGUGAGUGAGAGAGUGAGAGAGAGAGAGAGAGAGAGAGAGAGAGAGAGAGAGAGAGAGAGAGAGAGAGAGAGAGACCGUCCCGCCUUCCUCCCGGAGGAGCUUCUGCGGAUUCGGUAUUUGCACGUGCGCGCAGGACAAACACCGUGCAAGAGCAUCUCAACACCGACGCGCGCGCGUCCUCAACGCUGUUAACAAGCGGAGUGGGAUUAGGAAGGGGGUGUAAAGUUUCCCACAGGGAGAGAGAGACUAGGAGAUCACCACAAGUUUGUGUUUUGGGGAAAAUGAGGAGAGUUUGAGGCUCUUUUUGAGCUUUUUUUUUUUUCCCCCCACCGGCCGCCACCGAGCUCCGGCUCGCGCUCCCGGUCUCUUCUGGCGCGCGAUUCCGCUUUCACCCAGGACUCUGCUGCUCGGACAAAUGCAUACAAAUGCAUUUAGGAGCCCAACGGACAAGGGGCGGCCGCGUUACACCAGCGAGAGCCCUCCUUCUGCUCCUGUCACUAUGUUUCACUGUGAUGUCUGCAGAAGAACAUUCACAAACUCAAGGUGUAGAUCUUCUUCUUCAGCUGGGCCUGUCCAGCCGCAGAGAUGUCGCCCAUACCUCUUGGAUGAUCACCUCACCACCUCUUAUUUCUUCCCCUCCAUCUCUCUACCCUUCUGGGGUUGGGGUGACUCUGGACCAGGAUGCCAUGAUUGAAGCCCCUGUAGCCGGCGUCCUUCCCGCAGGUGUGGAGAAGGAGUUUUCCCUGAUAGUGAACCUCAACUCCAAGCAUAACACCAAUGCCUUCCUUUUCAGUGUGCGGGACGGAUUGGACCGGCUCCAGUUUGGUCUGCAGCUUCUGCGCAAUCGGGUGGUGGUGUACACAGGUGACAAGGCAUCCGUCUACUUCAGCUAUGAAGCGCAGGAUGGGCAGUGGCACUCGUUUGUGGUGGCAGUGCGUCCACGUUCUGUGUCAUUCGCUGCCCGAUGUGGGGAGCUACACUACAAUGAGGAGACACUGACCAGGCCGCGAAUGUUGGCCCCAAACGGCCGUCUGGCCGUCGGGAGAAUGAGCUCCAGGGCGGCACAGUUUGAAGGGACUUUGUGUCAGCUGGAGAUAUAUCCUUCAGCGCAGGUCGCAGCACAUUACUGUGACUAUGUUAAAAAAAACUGCAGACUGGCAGACACUUUCCGAUCUUUAUCCCCUUCUACGUUGUCUUCUGUAAUCUCCCCUGUUCCUUCUGAAACACACACACAAAACUCAGCCAACUCCACACUCAGGAACUCCAUAGACAAAAUGAACCCUACAACUGCAUCCUUUUGGAAUACACUGAGAUCGAGUGCCACCCGGACUGUCGCUCCGUCUCCGAGCCCCUUCAGGUCAGAGCACUCCCCAGAACCUACCCCAAGAACUACUACAAGCACCCCUCCAAGUGAAGGUAGACCCUAUGACGAGAUCAACGCUGAGGAUCGGCAGCUGCUGGGAAGACCCCGUGCCACUCGGGCCACUCCAAACCUGAUAUCUCUGCACAGGAAGAACCAGCCGAGUAACAACCAGGACUCCCAAAUGAAGCUAAACGGUGCAACCUUAUACAGGCAGCAAGGAUACAACAACCAGCUGGAACGUCUUGAGGAAUAUGGCGAGGAACAGACAUACGACUCAGGGGUUUAUGGAUACGACUACGGAUUUGAAGACGGAGACUAUUUUUUGGACUAUGAUGGUUUUGAUGGUCUGAAAGGGGAUCCAGGACCUCCGGGUUCUCCUGGCCCCCCCGGGCUCCCUGGGCCUACUGGGAAGAGAGGACCACGGGGUCCUCCUGGUCCUCAUGGGAUUCCUGGGCCCCCUGGAUUACCUGGCCUCAAGGGUUCCAAAGGUGACCCCGGUCUGUCCCCGGGUCAGGCGACGAAGGGAGAAGAGGGUGAGCGAGGAGCACCAGGUUCUCCAGGCCCUAAAGGUUUUCCAGGUCCAGUGGGUCCUAAAGGCUACACAGGACCACCAGGUCAGCCAGGAGAACAGGGGUUGCCAGGUUUGCCGGGCAUCGUCGGGGCAGCAGGUUACCCUGGCAGGCAGGGACUGGCAGGCCCAGAGGGAAACCCAGGCCCUAAAGGUGUCAAUGGUUUUAUCGGACCCCCAGGAGCACCUGGAGCACCGGGUAUACAGGGAGAAAGAGGGAUACCAGGACCUGUGGGGAAGAACGGACCUAAUGGAAGACAGGGAGUGAUUGGAGAUGCCGGGGAAAGAGGACCUCCUGGUCCGGAUGGGAAUCAGGGAUCUGUUGGAGCAACUGGUACCAGUGGCUUUCCAGGCCUCAGAGGCAACCCUGGGCCCGAGGGACUUCGUGGACUACCUGGCAUUGUUGGACCUCAGGGCCUUCCUGGCGGUGUGGGACCACUAGGAUUGAAAGGUGAUAAGGGAGAACCUGGAUUACGGGGAGAGCCAGGUGACAAUGGCUACCAGGGUGACAAGGGGGCCGCAGGCGUUCCUGGACCACCGGGCCCACGUGGAAAACCGGGACCAGUGGGGAAAACAGGUGACCUUGGUUCCCCAGGACCACCAGGGCCUCCUGGACCUGAGGGAUUUCCUGGAGACAUUGGAGCUCCAGGUCCCAACGGUCCUCCAGGCCCAAAGGGUGUUCAGGGAGCUCGGGGACCUCCAGGGCCUUUGGGGCCAAAAGGAACUGAGGGAGAUGAAGGCCCUUUGGGUCCACCUGGUGGCCCUGGACCCACUGGCAGACCCGGAAGGAAAGGUUAUAUUGGUGACCCAGGACCUGAAGGGCUGAAGGGUGAAGUCGGCGACCGGGGAAACGUCGGCAAGCUCGGCCCUCCGGGAGAAGAAGGACUUCCAGGACUUCCAGGACCGGCUGGCCCACCUGGGGAAAAAGGAGAUCGUGGUCCAGCAGGACCUUUGGGUCCACCAGGAGAGAAGGGUUUAAUGGGCUAUCCAGGCUUGCCAGGAGGUCCUGGAGAUGUCGGCCCACAAGGCCCACCGGGUUUGGCGGGUCUGAGGGGUACUCCAGGUGUUCCUGGGACAAAAGGAAGGAGGGGACCGAGAGGAGCUGACGGACCCCCUGGAGAACCAGGACCAGAGGGCAUCAAGGGGGAAAAGGGUGAGCCAGGCCAGAAAGGAGCUACGGGAUUUGUUGGCAAAGCAGGAAGUCCUGGGAAACGAGGCUCUCCAGGGCCGCCGGGUGUUGCAGGUCCACCUGGAAGUUCUGGUGAAAGAGGAGCUUCUGGGGAACCUGGACCUAAAGGACCACUGGGGGAACCAGGAGCAGAUGGAGAGCCUGGACCUGAGGGAUCCCCAGGAGCUGAAGGUGAACAAGGACCUGCUGGAGAACCUGGAUCUAAGGGUGAAACUGGACCUGAGGGUGCUGAAGGGGAGCAGGGCCAAGAAGGUGUAAGGGGGCCUCCAGGUCCAGCAGGAGAAGACGGUCCUCAGGGAAAGGACGGGCCAAAGGGUGAACCCGGUGACCGGGGCGCAGUGGGAGAGACUGGGGAAAGGGGCGAGGUCAGUGACCCCGGCCCUCCGGGACCUCCCGGAGACACUGGUGUAAAAGGAUUCCCGGGACCAGAAGGAAAACCAGGUCCACCAGGUAAACGAGGACGUCAUGGAAAGAAGGGUGACCAGGGUCCGCCGGGGCAGCCGGGAGAGAUGGGUUCUACUGGAGAAACUGGACAGGAAGGAGAGCGAGGACUGAAAGGAGCUCGUGGCACCAGAGGACCACUGGGUCAAGCCGGAGUUAUGGGACCUCAGGGGGAACCAGGAAUGGAAGGGUACACAGGACAUGUUGGUAAGCCUGGACCACCUGGAGCCCCAGGACCUAAAGGUGAAAAGGGUUAUCCAGGAGAGGACAACAAGUCUCCAGGACCACCAGGGCCCUUAGGUGAACCAGGUCCUCCAGGUGAGAGAGGUGACAGAGGAGAGCCAGGAGACAUUGGAUCUCAUGGUCAUGUUGGGGUCACCGGUGUUCGAGGCUCAGUGGGACAGCAGGGGGCGCCAGGACCACUGGGACUGUCCGGAGAAACAGGACCUAAAGGAGAUAAAGGAGUUCAGGGACAGCCGGGGAAGCAUGGUGCUCAGGGUCAGACGGGUUCUCCGGGUCCAGAGGGACCUGUAGGUUUGCCAGGGCCCAAAGGGAUGAUGGGAUAUCCUGGACCUGACGGAUCUCCAGGGUUGCCCGGGAUACCAGGAGUGCCUGGUCUGAUUGGUCCAGCAGGUCAUCGGGGUACAACUGGCAUUGAGGGGAGGGCGGGACUUCCUGGUCCACGUGGUGACAUCGGACAGCCUGGAGCGAUUGGAGACAGAGGAGAACCUGGGAUACAAGGAGAGAGGGGUUUGCCAGGUGGCAGGGGCCCAGCAGGUUCUAAAGGAUUAGAGGGGGCCACCGGAGACCAGGGCAGAAAGGGCAAUCCUGGGGCCAAAGGUCAACCGGGGGAAGUUGGAGACCCAGGUAUCUUAGGACUUCAGGGUUUCCCAGGACCGAAGGGACCAAGUGGAGAUUUAGGCUUUGCUGGAGUUCCAGGACCCAAAGGACCAAUGGGUUCACUGGGUUCCUCGGGUCCCGUAGGUCCUGCCGGGAUGAUCGGACCAGUUGGAAGACCUGGUCUGCAGGGUCCUAAAGGAAAAACAGGAGAGAUGGGACCCCAGGGGCCACCCGGUAGACCUGGACUGAGGGGGCCUCCAGGAGCUCCGGGUCCAUCGAGACGUGUGUUAGAGGGAGGAGCCAGGCUGACUGCCGCCCAAUCAGCACGAGUGCAUGAGAGCUACCAGAACACAGAGGCAUCCGUGUCAGAGCAGAACGCUGAGGUCCUCAGGACUCUGCACUACCUGAGCACCGUCUUCUCUGACAUCAGGACCCCAGCAGGGACUCGGGAAAACCCCGCCCGCUUCUGCAAAGACCUGCUGGACUGCAGCCUCAAGAUGGCCGACGGAAUGUUCUGGAUCGACCCGAACCUCGGCUGCUCGUCUGACGCCAUCCAGGUGUUCUGUAACUUCACAGCUGGAGGCCAGACCUGCCUUUACCCCCUUGCUAAAGAUAAGGUGGAGAUGGGGGUCAGUAAGGUCCAGAUGAAGUUUCUGCACUUGCUGAGCGUUGAAGCCACUCAGUCCAUCUCACUCCACUGCUACAGCGAGCCAGACACCUCCUCCACCUCAACCUCCAUCCAAACACCUGGCAACGUGCGUUUCUACGGCUGGAACGGUCAAGUGCUCGAGAGGAGCUCCAUACUACACCAACACACGCUCCAGGACCACUGUGGGGUACGUGACGGCCGCUGGUACAGCUCUAACUUCCUGCUGCACACUCAGGACCCGACGCUGCUCCCUGUCGUAGACGUGCAGGGUUUCCAGCCCCAGAGCGCAGGGCCUGAACAGCGCCACCUGGAGGUUGGAAACGUCUGCUUCCUGUGAGCAACUUCCUCCGCCUCCUCCUCCUCUCACCUGUGAAACAACCGAAGGACUCUCGUUUCAGAAUGGCUGCCUGCAAAGCGGAGUCGCCACAGAGCGCCGUGCUGCCGCCACGCCACCCAGGAUUCCCAUGGGUCUUAAAGCCUGACCCACACAGGGAAUCCAUUGUGCUUAAACUAAAGAAGAAAGUGAGCUGGAAUGAAGCAGCUCGCUCACGUGGAGCGUGGAGGUUUUUCCGUGUGUUGAAUACGGUUCUGGAGUUAACCGAGUCACAGGCUGGGUGUCAGAACUGCUGUUGGUUCUGAGUCAAACGUUUGAAAAUGUGCCGAUUUUUGGAUAUUUUGAAGAAAUAAUUCAAUCCGGAAUCUAAUAAACAGUUUAAAAAUGCUCAGUUUUUUAGGUAUCAAAGAUCCGAAUCGAGCAUAAAAACAAGAUCGAGUCCAGUUUCACCUGUAAAAGAGAUGGUGAGACGCUGAUUCGGGAUCAAGUGCCGAUACUCAGAAGGCCAACAUACCACACUAUUAUAAAAGAAGCACAUUUCAUUGUAUUUACAUCACAACUGUGAUUUUUCUUGUCAACAAAUAAAGCAUGAGGUGAGUUUAGCUAAAAGUAGCUAAGGUUAGCUAACGAUCUAAUGUUAGAUAUUAGCUUUCAGGUUCCUCUCUCAUCUCGUACACUGCUGAUCAGUCAGGACGUAUUUGCCAAGUGCAACAAAACUGUUCUUAAAGGGUAAAAACUACCAUGAUACCGAAACCGAGCAGAAUAAUCGUGAUCAGUGGUUUAGCCGUUAUCUUACAGACCUGACUGUUAGCAUGAACCCUAUUAGCCUUCUGUUUGGUUCGAGGAAGGCUACAAGGCUAUCCUGUAAUCCACUUCAGAUUAAAAGUGUUGCUUCGCUGCAGAAGUGUGAGCGUUAAUGUUUAAUAUUAGCCAGUCAGGUUUACACGUAGCAUCAAGCGUCUUGUUUAGCAGGUCGUCCUGCCUUCACGGUUAGUUGCAGCGUAGCUACAAUUAGCUUAGAGCAGACAAGUCAAAUUAGCCACGUUUUUAGCCAAAAGCUAGAAUCCAGACACUGUUUUUAUGUUUCGUCUGUACUUAAUUUUUCAGUCCGUUUCUCAAAAUUUGCUCUAGUCCACAUUCGAGUGAAGUAUUAAAACGUCAGGACGCAGCAUGCUGGUCGUGAACUUUUCCUUGUUUUGACAAUAUAAAUCUUCACUUACGACCGAUUUCUAAAAAGCACUCAAACUUAAAGAGAAAACAGUAUCUCGGUAAGUUUAGCCACAGGUCUGUUAUAGAUUAGGACUCAAUUUAUAAGACUUAAAGUCGUAAAUUUGUUGCUAGGCAACCAAGAAACGCAGCGGCUAAGCGGAAAGUUUGCUAAUGAGGCAUUAAGGCUAAAAAUUAACCAGGCAUUCAUUUUUUUUUCUUGGGACAGAGUGAGCACACGUCGAGAGAACGAUCCCAAGACGAUACGUCUGACGGCGACGGAUAUUCUUUCGGACGUGUCGUUAACUUAAAUAAGCAAAACAUCAAAAUUACAUCACAACAGCAAAAGAAUUGGGUCCAAAAUUGAAUAUUAUUACAUAUUUAAAUCUCUCUACCUUUCUAUAAAUAUAAAAAUAUAAAAUCUCCAGUUAAAUAAAGAAAAUUUGUUCGAAUAAUCGUAUUUAAGAAUAUUUAAUGAGACGAUAUUUUGGUAGCGGUCGUGUGCGUUCAAUUAGCGAGCGCUAAUGUGUUACGUGAUUAGCAAGCAGGAUAUUAGCUAGCCGUGUCAUACUGUAGGUCACAGUAGUGACGGUUAAGACAGUGCUGUUUCUGAACUUUCAGGGCAUCUAGGUGACAUCCUGUGUGUUUUAUGUUAUCCUGUGUUUAUACAGUAUGAGGCCCUCUGGCUAACUCAGACGCUAGCACCUGUUUAAACCCAGUGAGAGGUUUGUUGUCGAUGAGGUGAAUGAGGAGUGCAUUGGGACUAACAGAGCAGGACUGAGGGAACACCGCAGCACAAGUCCCCGGUGCUAAGAGUGCAAUAGCUUAUGGACGGAACGUUAGAGAUCAAGAAUCGCUUUUUAUACAAACUGAACCGAAGCCUAGUCAGACGGCACCUACCUCCUCCCCGCACCGCCUUCCAAGAUGGCCGCUCGUGAUGCCGAGGCGAUUUUCACACGUCCCUUAAAGAGUACUUUAUUUGAAAUACUGUCUUUACAAUAGAAUAUAAUUUAUACGAUUAUGUUUGAUGUUGAUGUGUUUUGUUUUAUAGGCUUUAUUUACUUUUUUCAUAAAAGAAGGUUUUACCCUUACAGAAAAGUCUCCCUGCAUGUCAUGAAGCAAAGAGUUUCAUAAUGAAAUAUACUGUACAUUAUUGUACACGUACACGUGUGUGUGACACAACCUGCUUAUAUGAAGGCCGUGGGACUUCUCUGUAAGGGUCCAAGAUCCUUGUCUCUGGUGCUGCGUUUCACACAGCUAGUUAAUCAGUCACUUUUUUUUUCCCUUAUGUAUAUUUUGACAAUAUUAUGUUGGUUUAUUUAUCUUUUUUCUUUGGUAAAGUUGCUGUACUCAAGUAAAUUAUAAUAUCUUUGUCAGAGAUCUGGCUAAUUAAGCAUUUAAUCCGAAUGAUUAUUUAUAUAGAGUUUGUAAACACACACACACACACACACACACACACACACACACACACACACACACACACACACACACACACAGGUGGCUCACAGGUUGGUGAUGUAUUGUCACACUCUGGCAGCUAAAAAAAGCCAGAUUCACGUGUUUAACUUAUAUUAGGACGCAUCGACUGGAACAUUCACCCUGUAAAACGACACCAUGUAAAUGUUAGAUAUGUUUGAUAUCAAAUAAACUGGUUUUAAUCUCA